ACUGUCUUGAAAUACAACAUGUUUAAACUACGUGCAUAACUGUUUAGUUACAACUACCGACUACAGUACUGAUCUAUAAUUAAUGACCGUGUAUAUUCCAGUCUUAUUUUUAUCCUUAAUACAGUCUGCACUGGGUCAAUGGUGGUGGGUCACAGUCGAUCCACUCGAAAGCGAAUUCACCUGGGUAAAAGAUGAUCCACACUUCGAUUGCAUCGUUCCCAUCACUUACUACAAGAGAAUACUUAACUGUGGCACUUUUAUUCGAAACAAUAUGAUCGCUACGACCGCUAUACCUCUAGAGGAAGUAUUCAAAUGGCCCACAUAUAUAAAGGUUUACAUGAUACAAACACGUUACAAUAACUCAAAGGGCGUAUACGCAAUACACAGCGUCGGUGACAUAUGGGGUAAACAAUACUUCUGGGUGUUUUGGGGAUACAAACGUUACGAACGCAAUCCCGUCCACGACCUCAUGUUCUUGUACGUGUCUAAUACGUUCGGAAAAACUCCCAACCCGGCGAAGAGAACACCCUUUUACGUGCCAAUAGCGAAGCAGUAUGCCAUCGAGGAGCCGAGCGGCUGGAAGACGGCCGCUUUCUCCCUGACGGACUGGCGCCACGUGAAACACAGCACUAAGCUGGUGCCUAUCUACUGGGAUGAGCCAGUGCUAGUGGACUGCCAGGAAUACAUCCCCAAGUACUGGGGCUACUUCAUUUGCAUAUUGAAUAUUGACAAAUAUCCUGUCAUCCAAUCAGGAGCACCUUUGAUACAAAACAAUAGAUUGUGGGGUGUGGCCUCGUUUUCGUUAAGAAGAGGUAAAGAAAGCAUAUACGCGUAUACCGAUCUGAGACCCUACAGGCAUAUGAUUUAUGGCUUUUAUAAAAAGUUUUUCGCAACAACGCCAAAGCCAUGGCCACAACUCACUAUACCGCCUUGGCUUGGAAAGUAACCUUUUAUGUGAACCAACAGUUUAUUGUCAUGCAAGAUUUGAAAGUAAAUAUUUCGGCUACAAUUCUAUUAGGCUUAAAAAUAUUGAGAUCAUAAGUUCAUAGCAACUUCCUCGCUUAGCAGUGGAACGCUUCCGUAAAAUCUACUUUCCCUUACCAUCAUUUCCUUAUAAGAAAAGGGUGGGAAGGGAAAGGGACUAAAUAUAGGUCUCUAGCACACACUCA